CUCCGCGAGUCAAGCAAAGGCCGUGAGUCAGGUACUUAUCGGACGUCCGACCAGUCUAACGUUCUGACGGACAAAGGGUCCGGUUAAGACGGCUUGUCACGAUGGCAAUUGUUUGGGACUUUUUGAUUAGUCUUGAUUAUAACAAGCUCCAAUCCCCAUGGCUGGUGCCAUUGAUUCCGUUAGUUACUCAAUCAUCUUAUUUUUAGCUUGGUGUGGGAGAGCCGAGAUAUGAUCGCUACAGAUUUGGGUGACGUCGUAACUCUGCUAUCACCUCUUAAGGCAAACCCAUUUUUGCGCCGAAUUUUGCUAGGGAAAUACCCGUUUCCACUCUGCACAUAAGGAAUUUGAUAUCUGGAUCAAACUCUAGGAAUAGGACGUUCGCUUGUCUAUGUUCUUAUAGCGUACUUCUUUGGUUUCUUAGAACUGGGCACCUUGCUACCGUUGUCGCAUAUUGCUUCUAUGAAGUCAUGACCGACAACGACCGUUUCUCCCGCACAUCUUCCACGUCUACCACGGACAGUGAUACCGAAUCUCGAAGUGAACAAAAUGGUUUCGGCCACCGUGAACUCGACAACGCAGCGCUGGAAAAGCAGACCACCGCGGCGUCGGGGCUGUCAGUACUCGAGCAGCGCACACAGUCAGUGAUAUCGAGAAUCCGAAGUCGAGAACCUGGACAAACUGCGCGUUUCACGCACCCUUUGUCGCAUAGCAGAACGUCGGAAGAUGUCAUUGUGGAUUUCGACGGGCCUGAUGACCCAUACAGGCCAUUGAACUGGGGAUUUAGGAAGAAGGCUGUUACCACCGUGCUCUACGGUCUGACAACAAUGGGUGCGACUUGGGCAAGUUCAAUUUAUUCCACCGGCACGAUUCAAGUUUCCAAACAAUUCGGCGUUGGAGAGGAAGUUGGCACACUUGGGACAACGUUACUAUUGUUUGGGUUCGGACUCGGUCCGCUUGUAUUCGCACCUCUCUCCGAAGUAUACGGGCGUAAAUCCGCCGUUCUCAUACCCUACUUCAUCGCCGCUAUAUUCUCGUUCGGCACUGCCACUGCCAAAGAUCUGCAGACGGUCAUGAUCACCCGCUUCUUCACCGGAUUCUUCGGCUCGGCUCCCGUCACCAACACCGGCGGCGUCUUGGGCGAUAUCUGGUCCGCGGAGCAGCGGGGUGCCGCUAUUGUCGGGUAUGCCAUGGCCGUUGUCGGUGGUCCUGUGCUCGGGCCAAUCGUCGGCGGUGCUAUCGUCCAGAGCUACCUUGGCUGGAGAUGGACGCAAUACAUCACCGGUAUCAUGAUGAUGUUCUUCCUCGUCUUGGACGUGAUCUUCCUCGACGAAAGCUACGCACCCGUCCUCCUCGUCUACAAAGCCCGCCGGCUCCGAUACGAGACCGGCAACUGGGCUCUACACGCGCGGCACGAAGAAUGGGACGUGACCCUCAAGGAACUAGGCAACAAAUACCUCGUCCGCCCCUUCCAACUGCUAGCCACCCCGAUCUGCUUCCUCGUCGCGCUCUAUGCAUCCUUCGUCUACGGAAUCCUCUACCUGAGUCUUGCGUCCUUCCCCGUCGAAUUCCAGGAAGUCCGCGGCUGGAGCCCAGUAGUCGGCGCCCUCCCAUUCCUCGCCUACCUCAUCGGCAUCCUCUUCGGCGCAGCCCUCAAUCUUUUCAAUCAGAGAUUCUACAUCAAGCGCUUCAAAGCAAACAACAACUUCCCCGUCCCCGAGGCCCGCCUCCCACCCAUGAUGGUCGGAUCUGUCUUCUUCGCCGCCGGCCUGUUCAUCUUCGGCUGGACAGGCGCAAAGAACAUCCACUGGAUCGGCCCUAACGCCGGCGCCGUCUCAAUGGGCUUCGGCUUCUUCACCAUCUUCCAGGCCGCCCUCAACUACCUCAUCGAUACCUUCCAGCAGUACGCCGCCAGCGCCGUCGCGGCAAAUACUUUCCUCCGCAGUCUGUUCGCCGGCUGCUUCCCGCUCUUCGCGGGCAUCAUGUUCCGCAAGAUGGGCGUCAAUUGGGCGGCUAGCACGCUGGGGUUCAUGGCUGUCGCGCUCAUCCCCAUCCCGUACCUGUUCUACAUCUACGGGCCGCGGAUCAGGGCGCGCGGGAAGUGGUCUCAGGCUUCUGUUUACGGUCAUGUUCAUGGCCGAUAGUCGUUGCAUUUCAAUCUUGUUUUAUAUUUUCGGAUUCCUGCAUAUUUUCGGGUCACAUUUAUAUACCCUUUACUAUUUUCUUAUACCCUUUACUGACUUGAUUUCUUCUUCUGUCGGUUCCUGAUUUGCACAUGAUAUUACGAGAUACCACUAUGUCCGAUGCAUGCUGUGUCACUUUGUCCCUGUGCAUAUUGCAUGUGCAUGAAAAAGUUUGAAGUAAAUAAUCAAUGAAAUACUAUU